UCUCACAUCCGCACAAAUUAAUCAACCUUUGUUAUCUUCGCAAAAAACGUAAAUUCGCCAAUAAAUUCCAAUUGCAUUCGAAACAAGAGCAAAAGCGGCAACUUUUUCGCGUCCUUUCACUUCGAAGACUUCGCCAGUAUUGGAUUGAUUCGUCUUCUCUCCCCACUCGAUCAUCAUCGCAGGCAGAUUCCGAAUUCACCAUAUGUUUGCCUACCCUUCUCCCAGUACUUUUGUAAUGGAUAAUUCUCAGAGGAAAGGAGCAUUUGUAACAAUUUCACCAUCGCUGACUCCUCGAUCCAACCAUAGGUCUAGCAAAGGAUCGAAUGAUAGCAGCAGUAAUUCUAACAGCAAGCAUGACGAAGACAAGGGGGUCAACAUUCAAGUCAUCGUCCGAUGCCGACCUUUGAGUGAGGAUGAGAUGAGAUUCAAUACGCCGGUGGUGGUAUCCUGCAACGAGCAGCGGAGAGAAGUUUCUGCUGUUCAGAACAUAGCCAACAAGCAGAUUGAUAAGACCUUUACCUUUGACAAGGUCUUUGGUCCAUCAUCCCUGCAAAAUGAUUUGUUUGAGCAAGCAGUCUCCCCUAUUGUGAGAGAAGUUCUUGAGGGUUAUAACUGUACGAUAUUUGCAUACGGUCAGACUGGUACUGGAAAAACUUACACUAUGGAAGGAGGAGCAGUCAACGCAAAGAAUGGAGAAUUUCCAAAUGAUGCUGGUAUCAUCCCGAGGUCUGUUCGACAAAUCUUUGAUAAGCUUGAGGCUCAGAAUGCAGAAUACAGUAUGAAAGUUACAUUUCUUGAGCUGUAUAAUGAGGAAAUCACAGAUCUUUUGGCUCCCGAAGAGCUCAGGCUGUUAGAGGACAAGUCCAAGAAACCAAUUGCUCUAAUGGAAGAUGGAAAGAAAGGAGUUUUAGUGAGGGGCCUGGAAGAGGAGAUAGUUACAACUGCUGGUGAAAUCUAUAGAAUACUAGAAAAAGGUUCUUCAAAGAGGCGUACUGCAGAAACAUUGCUCAACAAGCAAAGUAGCCGGUCACAUUCAAUUUUUUCAAUAACAAUUCAUAUGACUCCAGAGGGUGAGGAGAUGAUCAAAUGUGGGAAACUUAAUCUUGUUGAUCUAGCAGGUUCUGAAAACAUUUUGAGGUCUGGUGCUAGAGAUAAUAGAGCAAGGGAAGCUGGGGAAAUUAACAAAAGCUUGCUUACACUUGGUCGGGUUAUUAAUGCUCUUGUUGACCACUCAGGCCAUGUUCCGUAUAGAGAUAGCAAAUUAACAAGGCUUCUGAGAGAUUCGUUGGGAGGAAAAACAAAGACUUGCAUUGUUGCUACUAUAUCGCCUUCCAUUCAUUGCUUGGAAGAAACAUUGAAUACUUUGGAUUAUGCACAUCGUGCCAAAAACAUAAAGAACAAGCCAGAGGUCAAUCAAAAGAUGAUGAAAUCUACACUUAUCAAGGAUUUGUACUCUGAGAUUGACCGCCUUAAACAAGAAUUAUAUGCUGCAAGAGAAAAAAAUGGCAUAUACAUUCCAAAAGACUGCUUCAUGCAAGAUGAAGCUUUAAAAAAGUCAAUGUCAGAGAAAUUGGAAUGUUUGAAAGCAGAACUGGAAUUAAAAGAUAAGGAAUUCGCUGGGCUACAAGAUAUUUGCAAAUCUCAAAAGUUACAGCAUGCAGAUCUCAGUGAUAUGCUGGAAAAAACGCAGAGACAACUAAAUGAAAAGGAACACUCCUUCGCUGAUCUAGAGCAACGCUAUAAACAAGCAAAUCUAGCUAUUAAAGAAAAAGAUUAUCUCAUUUCUAAAAUUUUAAAGUCUGAAAAGGUGCUUCUUGAAAAUGCUCUUGAGCUUCGAUCUGAACUUGAUAGUGCAGUAACAGAUAUUUCUGGACUGUUUUCUAGAAUCGAAAGGAAAAACAAGAUUGAAGAUGGAAACAAAAUUAUGCUGCAAAGAUUUAUUUCCCAUCUGAAUGAGCAGCUGGGUCUUUUGCACAGCACUGUCUCUUCAUCUUUGACACAACAAGGGAACUUUCUCAAACAAGUGGAAGAGGAAGUGCGGUCAUUUAUUUCUGCUAAGACUAAGACCACAAAAGAACUCCAUGAGUGGCUAGAAAGAUUGAAAGAUGUGUAUAAUAAUGGUAUAAGAAGCAUGGAUGGAGUUGUAGGUGAACUUAAGGAAAAAUCAGAGUCAACCUUUGGAAAACUCAACUCGCAAAUAUCAAUGCAUUAUUCUGGGCUGGAAGAUUGUCUCAAAAAUAUAUCCCAAGAGGGAAAUCAGUUGCUUAAUGAGCUUAAAAGUGGCAUAUCUAUGAUGGAAUACAAAUUAGUCUCUUUCACAAUGCAGCAACAUGAGGGUCAUCUGAGAACUGUGGAAGCUACCAGAUCUAUCUCUAAGUCAAUUGCUAGUUUCUUCAAUGAUUUAGAAGUUCAUGCAGCUAAAGUUAGCAAGAUUGUGAAGGAAUCAGGAAAUAUUCGAAGCAUACAAUUGUAUGAGCUUGAAAAGAAAUUUGAGGAAUGUGCAGCUAAUGAGGAAAAGCAAUUUCUCAUGAAGAUUGAAGAAAUGAUAGCAAGUUCAAAUGCAAGAAAGAAAAAACUGGUUCAAGAAGCAAUUUUUGCUAUCCAAUCGAUGGAUGUUGAAAGAACUAGUGCCUUACAGACACAAGUUUCUUCAACACAAGAUUUUACUCACCACAUGAAGGAACAGUGGACCAUCUAUAUGGAAGAAACCGAAAAAAAAUAUCGUGCAGAUACGAGCACAGCCGAGACGGAAAAAAUUACCAUAGAAGAAGUCCUCCAGAAUUGCAAAUCAAUAGCAAUGUCAGGUUUGCAGCAGUGGGAGGUUGCACACAGUUCUUUGCUAACUAUUGGACAGAACAAUAAAUCAUCAAUGGAAUUCCUCCUCAAGAGUGGAAUAGAAGCAAAUGAUGUGAUACACUCUGAAUCGUCUGCUUCCAUGACUGCUGCUCUAGAAAAUCUUGAUAUUGAAUGCAAGGGUUUUCAAUCAUCUAUUGAUGGUUCAUUGAAGCUUGACCAUAAAACAAGUGAAAGCAUUGAUUCCUUAAUUGUUCCAUGUUUGGCGGAGUUGAGAGAACUACAAAUUGGUCAUCAUGACAGAACGAUGAAGAUCACAGAAAAUGUAGAGAGUUGUUUGGAGAAAGACUACAUGGUGGACAAAGAACCUUAUUUGACACCAAAAAGAGCAAUUAAUGUGCCGAGUUUGGCAUGUAUCGAGGAGUUAAGAACUCCGGGUUUUGAAGAGUUGUUGAAGGCCAUUGGUGUAGAGGGAAAACAAUGUUUGGGAACCCAUGAAACUCCGGUGCCAGCCCUUCAAGAUUGUAGAGCUCCUCUGACCAUAAAAAAUUGAUGGAAGAGAAUUUGAAGUCCUUGGUAUUUUUUAAAUUGGAAAAUAUAACAAUGUACAACUUUUGCUUAGAAGCUUGAGAGACUAUAUGAUGUAUGUCAAACAAGCUAUCAUUAUGCAUCCAUGGUAUUAAAGAUGGAUUGAUGAUGAUGGUAUGGAGUUUGAAAUGAAAUUUUAUCCAAUAUUGCUAUAUUU